AUGUCGCCGAACUCAAAGAAAACCAAAUUCCUCAAUAUUCUCGAGAAUAUGGGGUCCUCACUGCGCACAUCUUACAAGGAGAUCGCUUCAAGGCUGCCUGAGCAGCGGGGCCCCGCACCAGAGAGCCCAAAAGCGGAUGUGUGGCGAGGGACGUCGUACUUGCCUUACGGAAUGCAGACUGUGACAGAGGCAUACGAAGCUGGCUAG